AUGAACGGCGGUGGUGGUAACUUCCCGCCACCGCAAUCUAACGGCGGCGAUUUCCUUCUCUCUCUUCUUCAAAAACCCCGUCUCCAGACUCAGACUCACCCAACCCAAUCGCCAAUCACCAUACCUCAACAAUCUCCCACCAUGGAUCCCGCCGUCGCCAUGAUGGGCCCCACAAUCCCGUUCUCCACAUCCCCGUAUCAAAUCAACGGUCACGAUCAUCUCAACCAUCAUCAUCAUCAUCCCUAUCAUCAUCAGAAUCAGAAUCUUUCACCGUGGUCCCACACAUCUUCUCCUCCUUACCCGCAAAACGCAUUCGGGUUGCUCCAUAACCCGUUUUCACUUCCUCCGGUACCGGAAACCAGUUAUUCCAACAACAACAACAACAACACUCCACUUCACUUCACCAACGGUGUUUCACUCGCUGAAAAUCUAAGAAGAUUAGGGUUUCCAAUUGAGAACAACAACAGUAACCGUGUUAAUUCUUUCUCUCAUCAACCGCAACAACAACAACAGAAACCGGAACUGAAGUUACAGUUUGGAUCUUUACCCACGGUUUCUUACACUACUACUACACCUGAAGUUUCUUCUAAUGGAAGAUUUGAUAGGAAGAAUAAUCAUGAAAGAGGGGUUAUUGGAGAUUUUAGGUCAAAUGCGCAAUCUACUGAACAAACUAAGGCUCCACCUGGGUUUGGGAACAAUGGAAAGGGAUUAGGGUUUGGUGAAAUGGGUGGUAGGAAUGAGGAUUUGGCUAGUAAGCUGGAAAAUUUGAGAAUAGGGUUUGGUGAAAUGGGUGGUAGGAAUGAGGAUUUGGCUAGUAAGUUGGAAAAUUUGAGAAUAGGGUUUGGUGGAAAGAGCAAUAAUAAAGGCAAUGCGGGUCAUGGAUUGAGGCUUUCUGAUCAGAUUGAUCACCCUGGUCCACCCUCUGGGAGUAAUCUUCAUUCUGAUUAUGAGGAUAUUGGUGCUGUUGGAGAGCAAUUGGCGGAUUCGUUGUUGCUUGAGGAUGAGCUUGAUGACAAGAGUAGUAACUCUAAGAAACGACAUGGUCCUAAGGAGAAGGAUGCUAGAGCUUCAGACUCAAGAGGAAAGCAGUUGCUAAGUCAGCGGGCAAGAACAUUUAAAAGACAAAUGAUGUGCCGUAGGGACAUUGAUGGUCUUAGUGUUCCUUUCCUUGCAAUAUAUGAAUCUCUGAUACCUCCAGAAGAAGAAAAGUUGAAGCAGAAGCAAUUGUUAGGGUUACUAGAGAAGUUAGUUUGCAAGGAGUGGCCAAUGGCUCGGCUUUAUCUCUAUGGAUCAUGUGCUAAUUCAUUUGGUGUUUCUAAAAGUGACAUUGAUGUUUGCCUUGCUAUUCAGGAAGUUGAUAUGGACAAAUCUAAGAUCAUAAUGAAAUUGGCUGGUAUUUUGCAAUCCGAUAGCCUGCAGAAUGUUCAGGCAUUGACACGAGCAAGGGUUCCUAUAGUAAAGCUCAUGGAUCCAGCUACAGGAAUCUCUUGUGAUAUAUGCAUCAACAACCUCCUUGCUGUUGUAAAUACUAAGCUUCUCCGGGAUUAUGCAAAUAUUGAUUCUAGGCUACGGCAGCUGGCUUUUAUCAUUAAACACUGGGCAAAGUCAAGAGGAGUCAAUGAAACUUACCACGGGACCUUAUCUAGCUAUGCGUAUGUGUUAAUGUGUAUUCAUUUUCUACAACAGCGACGACCUGCUAUCCUUCCAUGUUUACAGGGGAUGGAUGCAACAUACUCAGUUACCGUUGACAAUGUGGAUUGUGCAUUCUUUGACCAAGUUGAAAAACUAGGUCAUUUUGGACGACAUAACAAGGAAUCUAUUGCUCAUCUUGUGUGGGGAUUUUUCUUUUAUUGGGCAUAUUGUCAUGAUUAUGCAAAUUCUGUUAUAUCUGUACGCACAGGAAGCACAAUCAGCAAGCGAGAUAAGGAUUGGACAAGAAGGGUUGGUAAUGAUCGGCAUUUGAUAUGUAUAGAGGAUCCUUUUGAAAUAUCUCAUGAUCUGGGUCGAGUGGUUGAUAAACGCAGCAUCAAAGUUCUGAGAGAAGAGUUUGAACGUGCUGCAGAUAUUAUGCAGUAUGAUCCAAAUCCAUGUGUUAAACUUUUUGAACCUUAUGUUCGUAGCAGUUGA